AUGCCGCACGCUGCUGCAGCCGUACGCCGCGCCCUACUUCAGCACCGAGCCGCCGCACUCGCCCGACUGAGUGCAGUGCACCGUGCCCCGCGUGCCGCACGCUGCUGCAGCCGCACGCCGCGCCCUACUUCAGCACCGAGCCGCCGCACUCGCCCGACUGAGUGCAGUGCACCGUGCCCCGUGUGCCGCACGCUGCUGCAGCCGUACGCCGCGCCCUACUUCAGCACCGAGCCGGCCGCACUCGCCCGACUGAGUGCAGUGCACCGUGCCCCGUGUGCCGCACGCUGCUGCAGCCGUACGCCGCGCCCUACUUCAGCACCGAGCCGCCGCACUCGCCCGACUGAGUGCAGUGCACCGUGCCCCGCGUGCCGCACGCUGCUGCAGCCGCACGCCGCGCCCUACUUCAGCACCGAGCCGCGGCACUCGCCCGACUGA